UAUUUCGUCUGAAAUGAUGGUUUUUCUGUUGGAAAUGGAGUUUAUUGUAGGGUUAUUAUAGUUUAUUUUGGGACCCAAGCAGGGCUCUGAGCCUCCACCACGCGUAAAAGCAGUUAUCCGCUCUCAACAUGUGGGUGUUUGGAGCUGAAGUGACGCUCCGGUCUUCCUCCCACAUCACCGUCCUGCGCCCCGGUGCCACAGACACUGACACAAAACUAGCGUGAUCAUAAGCUAUGUAACAAAACAUCUUUCUGUAAGAGAGAGAGAGGGGGGGCUUUGACUGACAGCCUCAAAGUGCCGCCCCUGCCGCUCCGCGAUUGGAUCAGCGGCCCUGGGGGGUGUGGCCUGCCCGGCUCUGGUAUAUAUCGCCACCGCGUCGUCUCCGAGCCGUUGAUUUGUAUGGGAACCGGGACUGAGGUGGGACGAGCCGACUGAAUGUAGUCGCUGUGUGUUUUGAAGAAAAGAAAGAAGGCCCACAUUCUCCUGUUUGUGGCGGUCGGACUGCAGCACUUUGGGUGGGUUUUUUUGGACAACAGACUGUGUGAGGAUACCGGGAGCUGUUUCCAGAGGAAGGUGGAUUCUCCUCUCAGCCAUCUUGACCGCUGCUCGCCGCCCUGAAGGCUGCUUUCUCUCCUCCUCCUCCUCCUCCUCCUCCUCCUCCUCCUCUUCAGCUGAAAGUAAACACGGGCUUGCACAUUGGCUUGCAACUCCGUGCAAGAUCCCGAGAGAAGCGAGAUGGGCUCGCUGCGCAACAUCUAACCGGAGCGGAGGCGAAAGCAGACGGAUUUAUAUCGCUGUCGGCGCCGGAGCAGACGAGAGGGGAGGGAGGACACGACGCGCCGGAGCGAUGGACCUGUUUGGGAUUUACCUGCUCCUCUCGCUCGCUCUCCUGCCCCGAUCCAGCUGCACCACGGCCAAGGAGAUCACCUGCCAGGAGAUCGCCGUGCCGCUGUGCAAGGGGAUCGGCUACAACUACACCUACAUGCCCAACCAGUUCAACCACGACACGCAGGACGAGGCGGGACUGGAGGUGCACCAGUUCUGGCCUCUGGUCGAGAUCCAGUGCUCGCCGGACCUGAAGUUCUUCUUGUGCAGCAUGUACACCCCGAUCUGCCUGGAGGACUACAAAAAACCUCUCCCGCCGUGCCGGAGCGUGUGCGAGAGAGCCCGGGCCGGCUGCGCGCCCCUCAUGAGGCAGUACGGCUUCCCCUGGCCGGACAGGAUGAAGUGCGACCUGCUGCCGGUGCAGGGCAACCCCGACACCCUCUGCAUGGACUACAACAGGACCGACUCGACCACCGCGUCCCCUGUCCUCUCCAAACCCACCAACCAUCCCGGGAAAGGUUACAAUCCGCCCAAAAGCAAGCCCGGCCGGCCCGGCGCGCCGGGGAAAUACAAGCCGCCCGCUGCCCCCUGUGAGCCGGGCUGCAAGUGUUUGGAGCCCAUGGUGCCGGUGAACACGGACCGCCACCCGCUCUACAACCGCGUCAAGACAGGCCAGAUCCCCAACUGCGCCAUGCCGUGCCACAACCCGUAUUUUACGCACGACGAGAGGGCUUUCACCGCCUUCUGGAUAGGACUCUGGUCCGUGCUGUGCUUCGUGUCAACUUUCGCCACCGUCGCCACUUUCCUCAUCGACAUGGAGCGGUUCAAGUACCCGGAGAGACCCAUCAUCUUCCUCUCGGCGUGCUACAUGUUCGUGUCCGUCGGCUACAUCGUCAGGCUGAUCGCCGGCCACGAGAAGGUGGCGUGCAGCCGGGAGUUCGACACGGAGCACAUCCACUACGACACCACCGGGCCCGCGCUCUGCACCGUGGUCUUCCUCCUUAUUUACUUCUUCGGCAUGGCCAGCUCCAUCUGGUGGGUCAUCCUGUCCCUGACCUGGUUCCUCGCGGCCGGGAUGAAGUGGGGCAACGAGGCGAUCGCCAGCUACUCCCAGUACUUCCACCUGGCCGCCUGGCUCAUCCCCAGCAUGAAGUCCAUCGCGGUGCUGGCGCUGAGCUCCGUGGACGGGGACUCGGUGGCCGGGAUCUGCUACGUGGGGAACCAGAACCUGGACAACUUGCGGGGCUUCGUUCUGGCCCCCCUGGUGAUUUAUUUAUUCAUAGGCACUAUGUUCCUCCUGGCCGGAUUUGUGUCCCUGUUCAGGAUCCGCAGCGUCAUCAAGCAGGGCGGCACCAAAACGGACAAGCUGGAGAAGCUGAUGAUCAGGAUCGGCAUCUUCACGGUGCUCUACACGGUGCCGGCCACCAUCAUAGUCGCCUGUUACUUUUACGAGCAGCACAACAGGCAGAGCUGGGAGAUCACGCACAACUGCUCCAACUGUCUGCUGGAGCGGGACCGCAGGAGCCCGGACUAUGCAGUUUUUAUGUUAAAGUACUUCAUGUGCCUUCUGGUGGGCAUCACGUCCGGGGUGUGGAUCUGGUCGGGCAAAACUCUGGACUCCUGGAGGACUUUUUGCACCCGGUGCUGCUGGGGCAGCAAGGGCACCAGCGGCUCCAUGUACAGCGACGUGAGCACCGGCCUCACGUGGAGGUCGGGCACGGCCAGCUCCGUGUCCUGCCCCAAGCAGAUGCCAUUGUCCCAGGUUUGAAUGAGAGAGAGAGAGAGAGAGAUGGUUGGGUGGGGGUUUGGGGAGAGGGGGCAGCUUACCAGGACUGCUAAUUGUCCGGGAGAUAACCCAUCACUCCCUUGUCUUAAGCAAUUUACAUAGUAAUGAACUGCUGCUGAGGUGCGCUCCCCAAGCAUCCACACACACACACACAAACACACUCACACACCUAUGUGUGUGAUUGUUCGGAGGGGGGGUGGGCUGUUUUGAAACAAUGUACCUGGCAUUCACACAGGUUAAUUCCUGCCUGUUUCUAUGUAUUAGAGGUACAUAUGUAUUAGAGGUACAGGACUGACGCUGUUACGCAAAAACAAACUGGGCAUUACUUGCUGUAGAGUGAGUGUCUCCUCAUUCUAGCUUCAUACAAAGAGCACCUGGGAUGGGAGGGUUUUUUUUUGUUUUUUUUGUAUCUACACAGUGCCAGAUGACGUUGUACAAUUCAAUCACAUCAAAGAUUGGUUUAAAUUAAGCCUUAAUAGUGCCCAAGUUAAUUUUUUUUUCUAUGGGUCGUUCAUAUUUUUUGGUUGUUUUUUUUUUUUGUUUUGUUUUGUGUUUUGUAAUUUCAAAUGUAUUUAUAUAUAAAGAGUUAUGUAAAAGAACAGAACGUGUACAUUUGUGUAUAAAAGAAAAAAAACUUUAUAAGCUAAUGUAAAUUUGUACAAAGUGUAGAUGUCUGCUUUUUUUGUGAGGAAAAAAAGAGCAAAAAUAUGAACCUUUAUUUUGACAAUAAAAAACAAACA